GAGCAGCCGCGGCUUCUUCUUCGUCCUGUCAGCAGCGCUGGCAGGACACCGCGCCCCCUCUGGGCCGGAGCAGUAGGACCUGCAAGCUCAGGAUCGCAACACAGGUGUAUCACGUGACUCUGAAGUCUCCACUUCAGCCGGCAGCGAACACAACCUGAGGUUCUGUCGCUUGGCAUGAGGCUCGAGUGCGGAGCCACCACCUUCUUCCUGCUGAGCUGCCCAUCUGGGAUGAGUCAUGCACUGGACACUCAGAGUAGAGCUAGACCCACACUGGCUGAACACUGACUGAGGUGGUGCUUACUCCUCCUCAAAACAGAUUCUGGUUUGGUCACAUAUUUGUUGGGAGUUUCUCAAGUUCAUGUCUCAACUCUGGUCACAGCAGCUGUGCAUGUGUAUGUGCGUUUGACUUGGUCCCUCCUGCUCGCUCACUCCUCCCCAUUAGAACCGCCCGAUUGUCGGCAGAGACCCCCCUGCAUCCCAGUAAAUCUCUCUCUCAGGCUGCCUGGACCCAGGCUUGCUGGGACCCGCCCCCAAGACCACUGACUGAAGUUAGGAGAAUUCUUCUCUUCCUGUGAGGAGCAUCAGUCACAGACCUUCCAGCCUAGAGAAAGCUCCUCAGCCUCAGACCAGGACCAGGACUCGGGUCUCAGGCCAGGUCAGAAGCUUAUUUGUCCUGUGGAGUUGACUUGUGGCAGCAACAUGAGCAAAACAAAGAACAAGAGUGAGAACAAGACGGAGAAAGCUCUGGCAGCGGAGAAGGAGCAGUUCAUGAAGCAGCAGCUCCACAAUAUCAGCAAGAUCAUGACGACAGCAGAAACACCUCCCAAGGAGAAAUACGUCCGCAACAUCAUCAUGGGUACUCACAAGGAAGGUGGGGCUGGAACCUUCUGGUCAUAUGCGCUGAACCUGCCAUUGUCCAGUCGCUCGCUGGUCAGCUGGAAGUUCUGCUACCUGCUGCACAAGAUCAUGAGAGACGGGCACACCAAUUCAGUCCGAGACUCUCACAGACACUCUCACACUGUGAAGGACAUGGGCAUCCUGUGGGGGAAUUUACACGACCGAUAUGGUCACAUUGUCGCCUUGUCAGCCAAAUACCUGGUUCUCAAGAUGGAGUUUCAUGCCAAGCACAAAGUGAUUCCCGGGAACAUGGAGGCUUCAGACGAGACCCUGGACAGAGAGGCAGGGGUGGACAUGCCCAAAGUGCUUGACAUGACACAGGAGCUGCUGGACUGUCUGGACGCUGGACUCAAGAUGGCCGACACAGUAUUCGCUCAGCUGGAUGCCAAUGGUGCCAAGUCCAACUCACCUGCCGGUCAGUGCCGCCUGACCCCGCUGAUCCCUCUGAUUCCCGACUGCAGCUUCUUGUACCAUUUCAGCGUCCAGCUCCUGUUCAAGCUCCAUAGCCGCAUUGCUCCCGAUGUGCUCCUGGGCCACAGAGAACGCUUCCGGGACCUCUUCAUGAGCCUGACCCAGUUCUUCGACCGUGCCCGCGAGAUGGAGUUCUUCAAGAGUGUGAUCCAGAUCCCAGACCUUCCCAGCGCUCCUCCAAACUUCCUGCGGGCCGCCGCAUUGGCCGAGUACAAGAGGCCCGUGGUGGUGAUGCCUGAUGAGGGGCAACUAGAGGAGGACGAGGUGGACCCGGACCUCAGGGAACAGGCUCAGAUCCCUCAGUACUACCUGCUCAGUCAGAUGAACUUUCCGGAAGCUCUUGCGGAGUCUAGGGAUGAGGGUACCGAGACCCUGAAGAAAGAACUUGAGGUUCUGAAACCAGAACUUCAGCUCAUCAAGUCAGAGGCCCAGAGGUGCGUCACAGAGCUCAAGUCUCAGGUGAACCGUCUGGAAGCUGAGGUGGAAGAGCAGCGCUCGCACAAGCAAGUGGCGCUGGUGGAGAACGAGCACCUGCGCAUGGAGGUGGAGGCACUGCGCUGUGCCAACGUUGCCAACGCUGGAGCGCAGAUCGGCUUCAAGGAGGCGGAUGGUCGUGCUCAGGCUGCAGAACUUCGCUUCUCUCAGUUGAAGGAGAGACAUGCAGAGCUGGUGACGGGUCACGCUGAGCUGAUGAAGAAGAAUGCAGAGACAGUCAAGCUGCUCAGCAGCGCUCUUCAGGAGAAUCAGGACUUCAAGAGGUCCAAAGAGGUUGUGGAGCAGCAGCUGCAGAGUGCACAACAGGACCAGGCCAACUUGCUGAAGCAGCAAAACCAGGAAGUGGAGCGCUUGAACCAAGAGCUGCUGGAGCAGAGAGCAGAGAUGGCGAUGCUGCGUAGCUCACUGGCCCAAAUGGAGCAGGAUGGAGUGGUGACGAGCAGCAAUGUCGCCGCCAUGCAGGCGGAGCGAGAGGUGCUGCUUCGCUCUGCCCAGGACAAGGACUCAGAACUUCUGUCUCUGCGGAAGCAGCUUCAGACCCAGCAGAGUUCUGUGGAUCUGGAGCGGGACCGGCUCCAGAGAGAGCUGGAGUCCUUGAGAGCCCAGCUGCAGCAGCAGAUCAACAUCAACGCAGAGCAGAAAGUGGAGAUAGACCGACUGAGACGAGAACUGGACACCACCCGAGCAGAUCUGACUCGAGCAAACAACCUAUUGCAGAGUAAUGAAUCGGCUGGCAGUCAGAUGAGCAGCACUGUGGCUAGCCUGCAGGUGGAGCGUGACAACCUGCUGCGUGCGGUGAGGGAGCGAGAGGCGGAGCUGGCAUCGCUGCGGCAGGUGCAGCAGAACCUGGUGGAGCAGGAGAAGCAGAGGAGUGGCCUGGAGCUCAGCGGCCUGCGGGCCCAGCUGUACCAGCAGGCGGGUCGAGAGGCAGAGCUGGUUCAUAAGCUGCAGGAGGAACAGUUCAGUCUGUUGCAGUGCGCUGUGGUCGAGGCCGAGGGUAUCGUCCUGGAUGCUGUAUCCAAGCUGGACGACCCCAUUCACGUUCGCUGCAUCAGCUCACCUGAUUAUUUGGUCAAUCGAGCUGAAAUCACUUUGGGGUCCAUCGACAAGAUGCAGCACAGUCACAUGGCUUAUCUGGGAAACAGGAGUGGUAUGUGGGUGUGUGUGUAUGUGUGCGCCCCUGCACGUAACUCUGUCUGUCUCUCUCUCUCCCCUCCAGACACCAGCUCUCUUCUUAGAUCAGUGACUCAGUUCUCUCACCUGGCUGCCGACACCAUUGUUAACGCAGCAGCAACGUCCCACAGUGCCCCCACUGACCAGGCUGACCGUUUGACCGACAGCUGUCGGGACUGUGCCAACAACUGUCUUCAGUUCUUAAAGGACCUGAAGUUCCAGUCCACUCUGACCCGGGCUGACCCAGCAGCCCUCCGUGCCACUGUACAGCGGCUCUUGGUGCUGGCCCAGGAGCUGCGGCCCACAGGUGAGGAUGUGAAGAAGGAGGAACUGGGACAACUGGUGGACCGAGAAAUGAUGGCCACGUCCACCGCCAUCGAGGAGGCCGUGCUGAGGAUGGACGAGAUUCUGACCCAGGCAAAGAGAGAAACGUCCGGCCUGAAGCUGGAGGUCAACCAGAGCAUCUUGGGCUCCUGCUCGGACCUGAUGAAGGCUGUUCACAUGUUGGUUACCUCAGCAACGGACUUGCAGAAGGAUAUUGUGGAGGGCGGACGAGGUGCAGCGUCUGUCCCCGAGUUUUAUGCCAAAAACUCACGUUGGACUGAAGGAUUAAUCUCUGCCUCCAAGGCUGUCGGCUGGGGUGCCACCCAGCUGCUGGAGUCUGCUGACCGUGUGGUUGGGGAUCAAGGAACGUACGAGGAACUCAUCGCGUCGUCUCACGAAAUUGCAGCGAGCACGGCUCAGCUGGUCGCCGCUUCAAAGGUGAAGGCCGACCGCAACAACAAGAAGUUGAAUGUGCUACAGCAGGCAUCGCGACACGUCAACGACAUGGCCGCUGUGGUCGUCACCUCCACCAAGCAUGGACAGCGGCGAUUCUCUGACCACAGAGACAUGGACUUCUCUGGGUUGUCUCUGAUCAAGCUGAAGAAAGAAGAGAUGGAGGCCCAGGUGAAGGUUCUGCAGCUGGAGAGUCAGCUGGAGCAGGAGCGCAUCCGGCUGGGGGAGCUUAGAAAGCGGCACUAUGACCUGGUCCCAGAUCUGUCAGAGGAUGCAGACAGCUUUCCGCCGCCACCGCCCCCGACCUUGCUGGACCCCAUGACUGUGCCCCAGUCCUUUUCGCAGACCCAACCGUACCUCGUAACUGGAGGCAUCACACAGACCAGCCUCUUUCCACAGAGCUACCCUCCGACCCAGACCUACACUCCUUCUCUUCAGGUUCCAAUCCCUCCUCAGUCAUCCAGUCCACAGUUGUUCCAGAGUUUGGGUAACAUGAAGUCAGGGCCAAACACGUCCUCUCAGAACCCCUCUGAGGCCAGCAGAUCUUCACGACGGCACAAUAUCUUCACAAAAUCUGGGAACCUUCUGAAGAACGCAUUCAAGCGAGGAGAAGCCGGUCAGGGAGAGUCGUGAUGGAGAAUUGUUGAGUCAUCUUUGGGUAUGCCAGCGCCUCCCAUCCAGACUUUGUUGAGACUUCUGAGGACAUUUCAGUGUGAUUGACUGGUGACUGAGGGUUGUGAUCGAUGGACCUUCAUAAUAAAGAAUUCUUUUUGGAUCAGCAGUCGAGCUAUUUUUA